AGAGAAUCAUUACUCCACACUCAUUCGCGAAAUGUUCAUUUCGUUUGUUUCGCACAAUAAGCCGGUGCAUUUCGUGUUUUCAACUAAGGCUGGUUUACCCUUCGGUCAGGACAAAUUAAACCUUAGAAUGAUGAAGUUUCCAUCUAAAAUUUGCCUGACAGUUGGUCAGUGUUUGAGGCACCAGGCAAGUCGGCAUGUAAGUGGAACAGCAGUCUUAGCCCAAAAAGCUGAUGAUCCAAUACAACAGUUAUUUGUUGACAAAAUUAGAGAAUAUGCACAAAAGAAGAAGGCAGCUGGUGGAAAACUAGUAGAUGCUAGUCCAGAAACCACAAAAGACUUCCAGAUUGAAAUUGAUCGUUUGAAAAAUCAGUAUAAAGCUACAGACCAAGAUAUGACAAAGUUUCCCUCCUUUAAUUUUGUUGAUAAAGAGUUGGAACGAGUAGAGUCACAGGCAGAUAAAGGUCCCACAGAUCUACCACUUUAAUCAUCAUGAAAACACUGUAGAGACAUAGCUAUAUUUAAACUUCAGGAAAUAGGAAAAUCUGUUAAGAAAACAUAAACUGAUAGUUUGAUAUAUACAAUGAGUGUGUAUUUGUUUUGCAAAAAGAUUACCUUUUAUUAAAAUUGAAAAAGAA